UUCGCUUUCGCAAGCUAGACUAUCAGUUUCAUGGCAAAUGUGCAAACAAAUACAGGCAGUGAAACAAGGGAACUAAAAAAAAAGUUGUUGGUGUCAAAAGUGUUGAAAUUUAAAAACCUCAAUAUUUUGAAGAUUACCAACUAGUAAAAAUAUAGUAAACAUUUGCAAUGCAAUUAAAAAACCUUUUCAUUUUACUAGUGCAGACUAUUACGGCACUGGCACAGAUGCCAGAUCGUAUAAUAUUUCCAGAUAUUGAUGACUAUGAAAUCGAAUGCACUUUGUCGGAUGGUGAGCAGGGUAUGUGCCGCAACAUUAGAUACUGCCCGAGCGCUUAUGAUUCAAGAGAGCGACUUAAAACUUGUUAUUUUGAACGCUCCGAACAAUUCGUAUGCUGCCGUGAUGUACCAAAGGAAUAUGCAGCAAAGAGAGCCUGUUCCAGUUAUUAUCCAUCUGUACAUAGUAUAAUUGGUGGACUUGCCACACAGCGCAAUGAAUUCCCGUAUAUGGUAAUUAUUAUUAUUGUGGUCUACUCUCUGAUUAGGAAAGGUGGUAUCUUAGCUUUAGAGUUCUUCAUACCGUUUCCCAUUCAGAAAAUUAGUUUAAAGAAUUCGCGUAUAAAUUAUUUUCGUAGCAAUUUCAAACCAGCAUGCAUUGGAGAAAAUGUGUUACUGGACAAUGAGAAUGUUACCGCUGUUGGAUACGGUCACACGAUUUUCGGUGGCAGAUCGUCCGACGAACUUUUGAAAGCCUACCUGAUUGUCGUAGGCAAUGAAGUGUGCCAAACACAUUACAGAGACACUAAUUUAUUACCACUCGGUUUAAUGGAUAUACAGCUAUGUGCACAAGAUAGGCAAUUUGGACAUGACACCUGUCAAGGUGAUUCCGGUGGCCCAUUGAUAUUAAAAAUCAGGCAUGUGCCUUAUGUGAUUGGUGUGACAUCGUUUGGACUCGGCUGUGCAACUGAAGCCCCAGGCGUUUAUACAAGAGCAUCAAAGUAUCUUGAUUGGAUUGAAGCGCAUGUGUGGCCAAAAUGAAAACUGAAGCUGCACCUAAAUGAGAUUUACAUAUUUCACCUCACAAAUAUUAUACCUGUUUAAAAUUUAAACUACUCUUAAGGAUAUAUGUACCUAUUUUAUUAUAUUGAUAUCAAAUGAUACAUGUACUCGUACAUUAGAGUGCAUCACCAAAGAAAA